AUGUCCACCACCACCCCAGAAACAACCCCCAAUGACUGGGAAAAUCCUCAAAUAUUCCAGCGAAACAGACUUCCGUCCCGUGCCUAUUUCAUUCCCAAAGAGUCCAUGUCAUUGAACGGCCGGUGGAGGUUUAAUUUCGCUCCUUCUCCUCUGCUGGCGCCUAGUCCGGCCAAUGACGGAGAUUAUGAGCCAACAGAAUGGACGAGCAUCACCGUUCCGGGUCACUGGCAACUCCAAGGAUACGGCAGUCCCAACUACACGAAUACAAUAUUCCCAUUUCCCGUUGACCCGCCGUUCGUUACGAGCCAAAAUCCCACGGGCACAUACCACAGGUCCUUCACCGUGCCACCCGAUUGGGAUCCGUCCUCACAGCUGCGUCUUCGUUUUGACGGAGUGGACAGCGCGUAUAACCUCUGGGUGAAUGGGAACGAAGUUGGAUAUGCACAGGGUAGUCGUAAUCCUGCCGAAUUUGACGUCUCCAAAUUCGUCAGCCGGACUGCAUCAAACGACUUGGUAGUGCGUGUCUACCAGUGGUCUGAUGGAUCUUAUAUCGAGGAUCAAGAUCAAUGGUGGCUUUCCGGCAUCUUUCGCGAUGUCACGUUGCUCGCGUUCCCAUCUGCGGCUCGUAUAGAGGAUUUCUUUGUCAGGACGGAGUUUGACAAGUCAUACAACAACGCUGUUUUAAAAGUGACAGUGAACCUUACCGCCACAGUACCUGUCAUUCUGGAAGCGACUCUACGGGAGCCGUUGAAAACGCAACACGUGCUCGGAUAUGACGAGGCGACACAGAGUCAGUCUGGAAGCAUCAUGUUGAAUAUCCCAGUAAAAUCCCCACGAAAAUGGACAGCAGAAACACCCAAUCUUUAUGACCUCCAGAUUGCCCUGCGGUCUGCAACAGACGAGACACAUACGCUCCAGGAGAUCAAGCACAGUGUGGGAUUCCGGCAAGUGGAGAUUGUCAAAGGGAACAUCACCGUCAAUGGCUCCCCAGUCCUCUUCCGUGGUGUCAACCGCCACGAUCAUCAUCCGCUUUUUGGCCGGGCGGUGCCAUUGUCAUAUCUCCGAGAGGAUCUCCUCCUCAUGAAGCGCCACAACAUCAACUCUGUGCGGUGCUGUCACUACCCAUCUCACCCUAGACUGUAUGAACUCUGCGACGAGCUCGGUCUCUGGGUGAUGGACGAAGCGGAUCUUGAAUGCCACGGGUUCUACGACGCAGUGGCACGCCCGCUCGAUAUUCCCGAAUCCAUGGACUACGAUAAGCGCAAGAAGUUGACCUUUGACAAGGCCGCUCAAUUCACUUCGAACAAUCCAGAGUGGAAAGAUGCCUACAUUGAUCGGGCCAUUCAAAUGGUCCAGCGUGACAAGAAUUACGCCUGUGUCGUGAUCUGGUCACUGGGAAAUGAGGCAUUCUAUGGCCAAAACCAUCAGCACAUGUACGACUAUAUCAAGGCUACUGACCCAAGCAGACCUAUUCAUUACGAGGGAGAUAUGGAGGCCCAGACGGUAGAUAUGUUUUCUUACAUGUAUCCAUCCGUGGAUCGGAUUACCAAAUUGGCCGUUGCGGAAGGAGAUGACUUUGUCAAACCGAUUGUGCUCUGCGAAUAUGCCCACGCAAUGGGUAACGCACCUGGCGGACUGGAAGAGUACAUGGAGGCUUUCCGCCAGCAUCGCCGGCUGCAGGGUGGUUGGAUUUGGGAGUGGGCCAACCAUGGCUUGUGGGAUGAGAAACGGGGUUUCUAUGGCUAUGGAGGAGAUUUUGGCGAUACUCCCAACGAUGGAACAUUUGUGCUGGACGGCCUUUGCUUUAGCAAUCAUACACCGACUCCCGGCUUGGUGGAAUUGCGCAAGGCAUAUGCUCCCGUGCAUGCAUGGUAUGCCAACGGUACAAUCUUCAUUGAGAACCGGCAGGAUUUUUCUGGGCUGGAUCAUCUGCAGGCAGUUUAUCAGGUCGAGAACUUGGGAGAAGAAUCUUUUAUUAUUGCUACCGGCAGCCUCAACCUUCCAACUGUUAAGGUUGGAGAGCGUGCGGAAGUGCCAUUCAACCAAGACUUUCCCGAAGUGGAAGAUGGAGAGAUCUGGCUGACCGUCAGCUUUCAAAACAAACACCUCUCGCCGUGGGCUCCAAAUGGACACGAAGUGGCUUGGUUCCAGCAUCCUAUCAAGACUCCCGCCGUCAGACCACGUUCUUUCCCAGAAUUCCCCAUUCAAUUCGAGUCCACUCGCAGUGCGCAUACAAUCAAAGGCUGCGACUUUAGCUUAUGCUUCUCACGUUCAAUCGGUAGCUUGACGAGUUGGACCGUGAACGGCUAUCAGCUGCUCGACCCAGACUCCAAGACCGGAGUGGCGCUGUCUCCAGGCUUCUGGCGCCCUCCAACAGACAAUGAUACUAUGUCCGGGGCCCUUGACGAGCGACGUCGAUACGGACUAGAUGAUAUGCGAGCGCAGCUGCGAAAUAUGCAUAUCUCGCGAGUCGACAACACCCGCCUCAAGAUCGUGACCGAGGCUUGGCUGGCACCCCCGGUCCUUGCCUGGGGGUUCCUAGCGACUACCACCUAUACGAUCGCUGGAGAUGGGUCACUGAGUGUCACGGUACACCUCAAGCCUAAGGGGCCAAUGCCAAAAGACUUGCCUCGAAUGGGCCUGGAUUUACGCCUGGUCGACGGACUCGACAAUGCAAAAUGGUUUGGACUGGGUCCCGGCGAGUCUUACGCGGACAAAAAGCGCUCCCAGAAACUGGGGGUCUACAAGGCUCCUACAGUGCAGCUCCACACGCCAUACGAAGUGCCGCAAGAGGGCGGAAACAGGAUGGAAACCCGGUGGGUGCAACUCAGCGACCACAGAGGAUGGGGUCUCAGGGUCUUCCGAAAUCCCGUACAGACGGACAAGGAUACCACGAGUUGCUUCCAAUGGGUUGCAUCGCGCAAUAGCGCAGAGCAGAUCGAAGCCGCCAAACACCCCUGUGAUCUCGUUCCUGGGAAGACGGUGCUCGUGCGAAUCGAUGCCGAGUCCAGCGGUGUGGGCACUGGGGCUUGUGGACCGACGACUUUGCCGAAGUAUCUCGUUGCUUGUGAGGAGCGGGAGUUCCAGUUCCAGUUUGUUCCAUCUUUCAGCGAGGGAUUUUAG